AUGAAUAAGGGCAAGGGUGAUGGCGAGCGCUCUCUGGAAUUAUAAUUAGCUCAAACACGCCACCUAUCGGUCACCGGCAGCAGCGCGCUUCAGUUCAAAGUGUCCGCACCAUCAGUGACGACAAACACUGAGAAACUGAUGGAAGGGGAGAUGGAGUAGAAAGCGAGAGGAGGAGAGAGGGGAAUAAAGAGGAAGGGUGGCAGAGACAUUGUGAUUUUUUUUUCUCUCUCUUUCUUAUUUAAUUGGUCCUCCGGGAUCCGGGGCGAGUCCUCCGUUUGCAGCUGCGCAGCUUUAAUUGGCUGGAGAAUCCACUAAAAUACUAUUGGAAAAAGCCGAGAGUUUAUACAGUUUAGAUCCCGGUCCCUUCUGAUAAACCCACUCAUUACCGAGACCAAAGCUGGGCAAGCUUUACGCAGAGACUCUCCAGAAGCCUGUUCAGAUAUCAGACGCGCAUCACCCAGAGAGAUCUGUGCGCGCAUCUCCACACUGACGCGCAAAUACGCGCAACCUCUCCAUCCGCCUCACUCUUGAGAGAGCCAUCGAUGAGCACACAUCUGAUAGGAGAACACCACAGGACAAGAGUUUCAGUCAGUCACUCUGAGAGAUCGCAUCGCAUCGGACUGCUGCUUUCCAUGAAGACGCCCUUGGAUGUGUGGAUGCGUCCUAUGGCUUGAAGAGUUUCAUGUCAGUUUAAGUUGCCUGGAAGAAUGUGUUGGAAUUUUGUCUUUAUUUUCUGGACGGAGAGACAUCGUUGCGCUCCUGCUGAACACGCGACAAACUAAACACCUGGAACUCCAGUCCUCUGCUGAAAGUCGUUAUUUUCUAAGGGAAUUAUUUCGGAAGGCAGUGAUCUAAAGGCUGAACCCGCACAGAGAAAGGUAAUGAGGGAUCGCACCUGAAGAUGGAGCUUUUCUGGAUUUUAUUAUUUUCAGUACUCCACCGGUACGUGCAAACGCAAGGAGUUUACGCUCCUGCAAAUGCUCAGAUUGUGCAUUCUGGCCAGGCGUGUGUGGUGAAGGAGGACAACAUCAGUGAACGAAUCUACACCAUCCGAGAGGGGGACACGUUAGUUCUGCAGUGCCUGGUCAAAGGACACCCACGGCCUCAGGUACGGUGGACGAAGACAGCAGGCAGCGCUUCCGACAAGUUCCAGGAGACGUCCAUCUUCAAUGAGACUCUACGGAUCCCCAACAUCCAGAGAGUGCAGGGCGGCCGCUACUACUGCAAAGCUGAGAACGGGGUGGGGGUGGCUGCCAUCAAGUCCAUUCGCGUAGAUGUGCAGUAUCUGGAUAAGCCUGUGCUCACGGUGCACCAGACGGUGGGUGAUGUACGAGGGAACUACUAUCAGGAGAAAACAGUGUUUUUACGAUGUACGGUAAACUCCAACCCUCCCGCCCGCUUUAUCUGGAAACGGGGAAAUAAACCAAUCGAACAGAGCAAAGACAACGGCGUCGACAUCUACGAGCCUCUGUACACGCAGGGUGAGACAAAGGUGCUGAAACUGAAAAACCUCCGUCCACAGGACUUUGCUAAUUACACCUGUCAGGUGUCUGUACGGAACGUGUGCGAUAUUCCGGACAGCUCUGUCACCUUUCGCCUUACCAACAGCACCACACCUCCUGCUCUCAAACUAUCCGUGAACGAGACGUACGUGGUGGACCCAGGCCAAGAUGUCACGCUGUCAUGUGAAGUAACGGCAGGGUUUCCCAUGCCUACAGUCACCUGGUCGCGGUACCCUGGGUCUCUCCCUCAGCGGUCCGUGAUCCGAGGUGGGUCCCUCACUCUCUGGUCCGUCACUCCCGCUGAUGCCGGCAUCUACAACUGCACAGCCGUCAACAAUGUGGGAAACCCUGCAAGAAGAACCGUCAACCUCCUUGUGAGAUCCAUGAAGAACUUAACAUUCCAGAUUACGCCAGACUCCAACAAAGACAGCGAGAGCAUACAGAUGGGUCGAGACCUCAAACUUUCCUGUCACGUUGACGCCCAGCCUCAGGACAAGGUCAACUACACCUGGUACAAGAACGGAGUUCUCAUCUACCCCACAGACAGUCUCAUCGUGCUGCGCAGCGACCCAGACAUGCCGCCCGGCACCAGCAGCCUGGAAAUUGUGGACAUGAAGUUCAGAGAUCAGGCCACCUACAGCUGCGUAGCGAACUUCCCCGGGAGCAACGUUCCUGAACUGCGAGUAGACGUGAACAUCACGCAGAGCAGCGUCGUUCCCCCUGUUCUGAGUGUGCCAGUCGGAGGGGGUGUGGUCAAUGUCAGUGAGGGCGGUACUGCAGAGCUUGUGUGUUUGGUCGAUGGUAAGCCCCGCCCACCUGUUCUUUGGUCUCGUGCCAACAAGGACCUGCCCAUGCCAUCGGGGGAUUGGGUGGUGGAAACACGCGAUGGACGCUUGCGCCUGACCAAUGUGACGCGGGACAUGAUGGGAGCGUAUCGCUGCCAAACCGCACCUUACAACGGCCUAAACAUCAAACGCAGACAGGCUCAAGUGCAGCUCAACGUGGAGUACCCUCCUGUUGUGGAUCCAGUCCUGCUGGAUGUCCGUUCUCAAACAUCCGCGUCAGUCAAUCUCCGCUGUCUGGUUCUCAAGUCCAAUCCAAACCGAAUAGCCAGCGCUCGCUGGUACCGUAAUGGGACGCCCAUCCGAACCCCUCCAGUGGACCCUCAAAGUGUCCCUCAGCUACGCUUCAAACUAGACACCUCUAAUAACGGCACUUACGAGUGCAGAGUGAGCAAUGGAGUCGGUACCUCAACCUGCACCUUCAUUGUGUCUGCUCAACCGUUUAAUGCAGAGUUUUACUAUGACACUCCAAACCCCAUUCGCACCUUGAAGAACAAUUAUUCCUACAUCUUACAGUGGACACAGAAAGAGCCCGGCGCUGUGGACAAAAUCAUCGGCUACUGGAUCAAUGUCCAGCAGAACCGACAGACGGUUUUGUCCAAGCAGAUCACCACUAAAGAGCCAGUGAAAGGUGUGCUGAUGUCCUACACGCUGACAGACUUGCGUAUUCCCCUGCCGUAUGAGGUCAGCCUCACUCCCAUAACUAGCUAUGGCACCGGAAACACAGUCACACGCACCAUCCAGUACUCAGAGCCCUACACUUAUCCAAGACCUUCCGAUCAUGUGUGUGGGUUUGAGGAUAUUAGGAUAUGUGGGUUCACUCAAGACCGCAGCGAUGUGUUUGACUGGACCAGACAGAACCAUCUCACCCAGAAUCCCAAACGGUCCGUUAAUACAGGGCCUGAUAUGGACAGGAGUGGGACGAAAGAAGGUUACUACAUGUACAUUGAGACAUCGCGGCCGCGUCAGGCCGGGGACCGAGCUCGUCUGCUCUCUCCACUGUACAAUGUGACGGCAGCGCGAGGACCAACGGGGACCACCAGAACCCCCUACUGUGUCUCAUUCUACUACAACAUGAACGGAAAACAUAUUGGCACGCUCAAUGUUCUGAUGAGGGUGAAGAGCAUCGCCACUGUGGAUUCUGCUGUCUGGACCCUCUCUGGACACCAGGGGCCUGAAUGGAGGAAGGCAGAUGCUGAGAUCUAUCCCAGCGGACCAUUCCAGGUGGUGUUCGAAGGUAUCCGUGGAAAUGGCUUUGAGGGAGACAUUGCUAUUGACGACGUUUCUGUUACCAAGGGGAAGUGCAAACAAAAGGAUAGUGUGGACAAAACAGCAGUUCUGUCUGGGACACACCAGAGUCUUCACCUUCUCCCUGUGAUCGUCCAGCUGCUCGGCACCAUCUGCCUGACAUUCCUCCUUAGAUGAUACAGAUACCCCUGAGCACACACCGCCAGCGUAGAACGCCCCCCGCGGCAGCAAUAAGAACUGCCCCGACAUGUGACCACCCUUCCUGCUGCUGCCUUCCUCAUUUCCUCCUGUGUGUCCUGCUUCUCAUGUCCUUUGUCCUUACCUCACUCCACCUCUUAUCAUUACUUGUGUCUAUUUUUUCUUUGGUAUCAUCUUUGUGGUCACUUGUUGAGCUUUUACAUGCUUUGUGGCACCUUUUAUGUUUUAUAUAAGCAUAAUCUCAGUUAACGUUGAUCAUUUCUGCCCAUAUGUCUUGACAUCUUCACCUAAUCCGCCCCGUUUCCCGUGUAUGUAUCCGACACGCCAAUGUGUCAACUGUUACCAAAGAUGACGGAGGGCUUACAGGAUGAACGGAUGGCUGAAAGAGUGACAAGGACGUCCUUUCCCCAAAUGAACUACUUUUUCCACUGACUCAAGUGCAUGGAGAUGCAAUUUCCUUAAGACGUUAAGAUUGCAAGGAAUAAUGUGAGCAGGAACGGAGGAGUGAAACGAGUGGUCACGAAGUUACUGAUGGACCUGUACAUGCACGUGUAUAUGAUGUAUUGGAAAGUAUCGAGCUACAGAAAAGACAAACGGACUCCGAUUGCAACUUCUAGGACUAUGACAAUGUGAAACUAAAGAAGCACAAAUUUAUAUCUUUUUUUUUCUUUUUUCUUUUUGUAGUUAUUUUGGUUCCUUUACGUGGCAUUCCGUCAGUCUGGGUUUGCUGUACACUUCUUGUCCUUUGGCUUUCUUUACAGUGUGCCACUGCUGCAUUGCCGUUCAGUUUGUUAAGGGGUAGAAUUUGGUUCUGAAAAUGACACAAUGUGAACUUUGGACCAGAAGAGCAUCAGUUACCUCACCUUCAAUUUACAAGAUACAUAAAGCACUUGGACAAACUUGUGAGAACGAUUACUUUAGCUUCAAUCAAACUGCCAGGAGAGUGUUAGUUCUCACUGGGUCAGUUGUUCUCCUUCAGCAAUAGGACUGUACCUCUGACUGCAAUGAACGUUCUCCUCUUCAUGGAUACGGGCACAUGGAUUCCAACAGAAGACAGACAAACUGCACUCUUGGCUUUGAUUCAAGAAUGUCAUUUUGCAUACCAUUAGAGAGAAAUCGCAUGUACAUUCAAGCUCUUCAAGGGUUACCAUUAACAAACUAUUUUAUUUUGCAAGUUUUGAGAUGGCAGCAAACAGUUGACAUGAAAAGUUGUGCUAAAAGACACAAUGUUUAUCGCUGAAGCAUCCUACAGUAAUGCUGCAUUCCAUUUACAUCGGAAAGUUGUUCCUACUUGGAAAACUGCAAUAGAUUGCCACUUGAAGUCACUUGAACUUGAAAACUUUGGUAAGAGGGUGGCAUCAGAGUCCUGCUCGGGUCCUGUUUGGUAAACCUUCACCCAACAUAGUAACAGAAAAAAUGUGAGAAUGUGCAUCCAUUGAGUAAACAAUACAAAACUUUUGCCUACAUCAUGCAAGCCUAUAUAGGCUAUUUUGAACAAAUGUGCAUAAAUCACACCAUAGGCAAUACAGAUGCUUAGGUCUCCAUAAAUUAAAAGAACAUAUAGCCAAAUGUGAGUGAGCCUUUAUAGUAUCGGGGACAUUUUGGCGGAUUCACUCUGCAUUUAAAUGUGGUUGUCUCUCCUGAAACUCUGCAGUGUAUGCGUGGCCAUUGGUCCUCUUAGCAGCGCGAUUGGCUAGAAUGCCAACGCUGCAAAUCGUGUUGUAAUUAGAAACCUUUGACGGUCUUCACACUACAGAACGUGAACACAUAUAAGCAUGGGACCGUUUGAAAGCAGCUGUCUAUCAGCGGGUACCAAAUUGAGUCGAAAAAGUCUUGGCUACCCAUGCCUAUUGAUUCCCGACCCGCACCGCAAAUGACAACGUAAAUAUUAUUCAACCUGUUACAUCAUAUAUUAGUGGUCCACACUGUUAAAUGUCGCUGUAGAUUUAGCAGCACAUUACUGUAAAAACCUACAGUACAGUACCACAUUUCUAUAUUACAGUAAAAUACUGUAAUUUAUAUUGCAUUCUGGGUAAUUUUGUUUGAGCAGGAAUAUUUUACAGUAUAUUUUAGUAUUGCUGUAACCCUGCUGUAACCUGGCUGUAAUAUACAGUACCAAGCAAUAAUACAGGAUUGCUGUAAAUAACGCGCCACCUGAC